CGGCGGCCCGGCGCGACCGCGGCGUGCUGCGUCAGCGCGUAACGGGCGGUGUCAGCGCGUACCGCCCCGCCCCUCCCUGCGUCACGUCGGGCGGGAAACACAAAAUGGCGGCGGGGAUCGCGGCCUGAGGCGGCGGGCGUGAAAAUCUGUACUUCUGUUGAGAUCCAGCUGGCUGUCCCGGGGUGCCGGCCGCGCCUGGCUCUACGUGACCCGCUGCCUUCCGAGUUCAACUGCAGGAUUGUCCGUCGGGCAACGGGGGGUUUAAGCCCCUUCAGACGCCGCCGGGGGUCUGCGGGGCCGCCAUGGAGGAGGUGGAGUUGCGCUUCAUGCACCUCCUGCAGCCCAUCCACGACCUCACCAAGAACUGGGAGGUGGAUGUGGCCAUGCAGCUCGCCGAGUACCUGGAGGAGCUGGACAAUAUCUACAUUUCCUUCGACAACGGGAAAACCACCAUGAACUUCACAGAGGCGGCGCUGCUGAUCCAGGGCUCUGCCUGCAUCUACAGCAGGAAGGUGGAGUAUCUCUACUCACUGGUCUACCAGACGCUCGACUUCAUCUCCAAUAAAAAGCGGGAAAGGCAGCACUGCUCCGUGGGGCCGGACGGCAAAGACGCCAACGCGAGCUUUGGGAUGCAGGAUGAGUUCCUCUCCCUGGACGACAUCGGGGAUGGCAGCCAGGGGAACGUGGACAUGAAGGAGGACUAUCAGCCCGAGGCUGUGAACAUCGUCCCCUUGACUCCGAUGUCUUUGGUCCCCCUGGAAGAGUCUGAGAAGAAAGAAAACCCUCUGUUCAGCUGGAAAGGGGAGAUCCUCGCCAGCCGGAAGGAUUUCCGGAUGAACACGUGCACCCCUCACUCCACCGGCGCUUUCCUGCUGGAGCUGGCGGGCCUCUCC